UGUCACUGGCAUUUUAAAGUUGCCGCUGAUGGUGAAGGAUGUGAUAGGCUGAGAGGCUGAAACUGGGGAAGAAAGAAGCUGCUCUCAGUCAGUACAGCCGUGCCGCUGGAGAGCUCUCUCGUCGACCGUAGGCUCCAGCUAGAAAAAGACGUGACACCUAACGUUUUUCUUUUUUUAAUUUUUAUUUAUUAAUAUCUCGUCGUAUCGUCACCUCAGAACAAGAUGUAACUUGUUGACAUCACCUCAAGUAUAUUCAUGUAUUUGAAAAGAGCCGGGAGCGAGUGCGCAGAGACUAGAAGCCGAGCUGUUUUGGCGAAUGGAACUUAUUGUUGUGCAUUUGUUUUGACUAUGUUAUCCCCGAGUGAGUUUGGCUUCAGCCCGUCUCUGUCCGUCGUCGACCCUUGAUUUUUUUUGUGGGGGGGGGGAUUUAUAUCCGAAUAGUUUGAGGGGGAAACACCGAAGGAGGAUUCUGCAAAGCCAGCGAGCUUUGCCUACAGAGCCGGGGAUUUAAAUCGUCAUUCGGUGGUGCUCCGGGAGAGGCGAGAGUCAAAGAAAGAAAUUCAUGUGGCCAUUCUCUCUAUAGCCAAACAUUUUUUUGGGGGGAUUGCAUAAUGAGCAAGGAAAGACCUAAGAGGAAUAUCAUUCAGAAGAAAUAUGAUGAUAGUGAUGGGAUCCCGUGGUCGGAGGAGCGGGUUAUGCGAAAGGUGCUUUACCUCUCCCUAAAGGAGUUUAGGAGUGCACAGAAACGGCAGCUGGAUGACGGAACCACAAACUCCAAUGGUUCCCUAGCCAAUGGGCAGCUGAACGGCUCGGGGUCAAAGGGCAGCCACAAAGAAGAUGGGUCCUUGCGCUCUCAGGGCCUGGAUGGCAGCAAGUACGGCGAGGACGGUCCUGUAAAGAAAAGGCCUCGGCUCCAAGCCCAGAGGAAGUUUGCCCAGUCGCAGCCGAACUCGCCCAGCACCACGCCCGUCAAGGUGGCCGACACGAGCAACCUGACCACCGGACUGGCCACCGUGCCCUCGUCAUCCCUCUCGUCGCUCUCUUCUUCGUCCCUGUCCUCUUCCAUUCAGGACUUGUCCAGGCGCAAGCCCAAGACGGAGGAUUUCCUCACCUUCCUCUGCCUCAGAGGUUCAUCGGCCCUGCCCAGCAACAUGGCCUACUUCGGAAGCUCCCAGGAGGAAGAGGACCUGGAGGAGGAGGAAGACGAGGAGGAGGAGGAGGUGAGGAACGGAGGCGGUGUCCACUCUCACGGUGCGGGAAGCAGCAGCCAAGUGUCGGCCUCCUCGUCCUGCCACUCGACACCCCGCAAGGGCAAGCUCCCCGCCAGGCAGCCACUCAACGGGCACGUGUUCAACAGCCACGGUAAAGCAGGGACCAGGGAGAGUCCGAGGCCCAAGGCGGGAAGUCACGGCAGGGACGCGCCUGCCCCGCCACUGCCGCCUCCUCCGCCUCCACCCCCGCCCCUCCUGAGGGAGCGCAGUGAGCGGGCGGAGGCGCGGGAGCAUGUGAGGGAGCAGCAGGCCUUGGCCAGCGGUCGGGGUUCAGCCAACGGGCUGCCACCGAGGAGAGCUGCUGAGGAGCUACGCAAACAGGUCUCUAAAGUGAAUGGGCUGACGCGGGCGGGCUCGGCACAAGCUGUUGGUGGUGCCAAAAAGAGCCGCGACUUCCGACUGCCGUCCAAAACUGUGAAGAAGUACACAGCCACCGUGUCCAAGGGCCACGUCACCUACACCAAAGCCAAACAGAAAGAACUGGGCAAGAAAACCAAACUCAGCAGCAGCAACAAACACAACAGCGCCGCCUCGGCAACAUCGUCAGCGAACAAUCACAAUCAGCACAGCCAGCCAGCAGCCAGCAAUGGGCUGGCCAACUCAGGAAAAGCAGCGGCACCAGCCCACCACAGCAAUGCAAAAACCCGCAAACAGGUGCUACUAUCCAAUGGGCUGCACAAUGUGGCUGCCGGCGUCCGCCUCAACGGCAGGCUAAAUGGACAGCGGCACAACACCCUGGUCAAGGAGGAUGGACAGAGACAGUGCCAGCGCCAGCAGGGCCAGGGGGAGUGCCCAGGUCGAGAGGGACUGCGUAACUCCAAGCGGCGUCUGGAGGUGGUGCUCAACUCAGUGGGGACGGGGGUUGUUGAACAGAAAGCCAAAACCACUGGCAACGAGGCCAAGAAGGCCAAGCUUCAACCCACGCCUCUGGAGACACGCAGCAGCAGCAAGAAGGUAGCCAAUCAAGAGAAAGCUGCCAUACAAACCACCACCCCUACCACUCCAAUUUCUAAUGGACAUGAAUCAGAAACACCACCCUCUCCUAAACAAACUUCUCCUGCUACCCCAGUUCCACCUCCCACCCCCCCUCCUCAACAAACUCCCUCUACACCAGCAGCCAAUGCGGAGCCGGUGAACCAGCGACCCAAGCGGGCAUCGGCCGGCAAGCUGAUGUUGAUUCGACAAGCACAGCAGCAGCAGAGCAGGUCUCAUGGUCGGAGCUCCUCCUCUUCCUCCCCUUCAUCAGGCCAGAAUCACCCACAGAACCCCAGUCGUGCCAGCACUACCUCAGACCCCCAACAAACCUCUGUGUCCUCCUCCACCACCUCCUCUCUGCUUACUUCCACCAACAACCCUGGACAGCUGAAACCAGCGGCAUUGCGGCCUGCCGACCGCGACAAGGACUGGGAGCGUGAGAAAGAGAUGACACGCCAGAAGGAACGCGAGCAGGAGAAGGAGUGGGAGCGCCAGCGGAGCAGGCCAGAGGGCUGGGCAGCGCUGGGUGAAGCCCCCGUCUUCCGGCCAGCGCCGCGGGAGUUCCUGGACCCCCUGAUAUAUUUGGACGCGGUGAGGGAACAGGCCGAGGCAGCUGGCAUGUGCCGAGUGGUGCCGCCACCAGACUGGCGGCCGGAGUGCAAGCUGAGCGAGGAGAUGCGUUUUGUUACACAGGUCCAGAGGGUCCACAUGCUGGGCCGGCGCUGGGGCCCCAAUGUGCAGCGGCUGGCCUGCAUCCGCAAGCACCUCAAAUCUCAGGGCAUUACCAUGGAUGAGCCACCUGUCAUUGGUGGCUGUGAAGUGGACCUGUCACGUUUUUUCCAGCUCAUCAAUGACAUGGGUGGCAUGCAGCAGGUGAUGGACCUGAAGAAGUGGACCAAGCUGGCCGAUCUUCUGCGCAUCCCUAAGUCAGCGCAGGACCGGCUGGCCAAGCUGCAGGAGGCUUACCUCCAGUACAUCCUCUCCUAUGACUCGCUCAGCGCAGAGGAGCGCAUCCGACUGCUGGCCGAGGUGCUGCAGGAGAAAAAGAACCUGGAGACGCGCCGGGGACCUCUGGAGGGUCUCUCGGACUCCUCUGCGCCUAGUGCGCUUGUGCUGCCGCGCUACGAGCCCAAGAACGGGCUAGUGGGUGGGAUAGUGGGAGGGGCGACAGGGCACCACCGCACCAAUGGAGUGUAUCACCGUCUGAAGGAGCUGGAGGCUCAGGUCAAAGCGGGCCGGCGCAGGCUCUUCGCUCAGGAAAAACAAGGCAAAGAGGACAGGCAGCAUGGGGAGGAGCAGCCGCAGGAGGAGGAGGACAGGGGCGUCCUCAGUGACCAGCACAAAUGUAUUAACAAGGGGAAAUCGGUGUCUUUGACUAACUUCUUCAGGAUAGCCCGGAACACCAUGACCAUGUGCUUUAACAAGGAACCGGGAGCUGCUGAGGUCGAGGAAGAGUACUGGAGGAUCGUGGAGCAGAGAGACUGCCACGUGGCGGUGCAUUGUGGGAAGGUGGACACUAGUACACAUGGCAGUGGUUUCCCCACAGGAAAAUCAGAGCCAUUUUCAAAACAUGGAUGGAACCUCACUGUCCUCCCCAAUAACUCUGGAUCCAUUCUGAGGCAUCUGGGUGCUGUGCCUGGGGUGACCAUUCCCUGGCUUAACAUUGGCAUGGUCUUUUCUACCUCAUGCUGGUCUCGAGACCAAAAUCGCCUUCCAUAUAUUGAUUACUUACACACUGGUGCUGAUUGCAUUUGGUAUUCUGUCCCUGCUGAGGAGAAGGCUAAGCUGGACAAGGUGGUCCAUACACUGCUUCAGGCCAAUGGCACCCCAGGACUAGAAAUGUUGGAGAAGAACAUCAUGAUCUCUCCAGAGGUGCUGUGCCGCGAAGGCAUCAAGGUUUACCGUACGGUCCAGCGGAGUGGCCAGUUUGUGGUCUGCUAUCCCGGUGCCUUUGUCUCUAAAGUGUGCUGUGGCUACAGCGUGUCAGAGACGGUGCACUUUGCCACACCGCACUGGAUGAACCUGGGUUACCAGGCCUCAAAGGACCUGAAGUGUCGUCGUAUAGCCAAACCCUUCUCCAUGGAGAAGCUACUGUACCAGAUUGCCACAGCCGAAUCCAAGAGGGACAACGGCCUUCUUCUCACCACCAUCUCCGCCCUACUCAAAGACCUCAGGAACAUAGAGAUGCGCCAACGGCAGGAACUUUACAAGGCAGGUUUGCUCUCCUCUGCCCGCUACGGCACCCAUGACGGCGGCCUGGGGCCCGGUGAAGGUCGCAAGAAGCCCCGCGGGAAAUGGCUGGCACUGGAGUCCUCAGAGAGACGCUGUCAGAUCUGUCAGCAUCUCUGCUACCUGUCCAUGGUGGUUCAGGAGACUGACAACGUGGUCUUCUGCCUGGAGUGUGCCCUGCGCUAUGUGGAGAAGCACAAGUCGUGCAGAGGCCUUAAGAUGAUGUACCGAUAUGACGAGGAGCAAAUCAACAGUUUGGUGAACCAGGUGUGUGGCCGGGCUAUAUUAAAGAACGGAGGCGGAGGAGGAGGAGGCGGAGGCGGAGGCGGCGGUGGUGGAGGUGGAGGACUUGUCGUCAGUGGAGGAGGGGGGGACCCCUGCCACGGCUUAAGCCCCGCCAAAGCAUCGCCGGCUAAGCGAGGCCCCAGAAAGCGCGCCACCGUGGAGGUGUCCCUGGCGCGCCUGUCCUCCAGCCACAUACCCAAGGCCGCUGCUGUGUCCUGAGGGGGACGCCUUGACAUCACCGCCCGGUGCGCUGUGCCCACAUCCUGCCCCCCACCUCCCUGAACUCCCCUGUUUUUUUGUUUUACAUUAAACAGGGUCACUAUCAAUCCCUCCUCCACCACCCCAUAUUUAAGAGCGAUUGUUUUUGGAGCUUUGAAAAUCCCUCUCACCUGACCUCAGUCCCCCCUCCAAAAAAUAUUCACCUCCCCCCUUAGUAUGACAGGCUUGUUUCUUUAUAAAAAAAAAAAAGAUGGAAAAAAAAGAAACGGAAAAAAGAAAAACAAGAUGUCUUUUUUGCACUAGUGUGAAAGAAGAAUUUGUUUUUAUUCUGGAUGGUUUUAGAAUCCCCCCACCCCCCCUCCCUCCUGAAGUCGUCCUUUACAACAUUACAAGCAUUAAGUGUAACGUUCACAAGAAGACUUGAUGGGCCCUGUUAUACCCUUUACCUCCACACCUCCAUCCGCCCUUAACUGAAAUGGGUUACAUUUGUUACCUUCUUCUUGCAUCACUCUUUCCUGCCCCCCAUCUCGCCCCCUGAGACUGAACCCCCCACAUCCCUUCUCAUCAUGCGUCACUCAGCUGUGAACAUGGGACAAAUGAAAAGGCGGCCUUUUUUUUUUUUCUCUCCCCGGUGUUCUGAAAUGAAAAUGACAUCAAGUAGUUACCCAAAGUUUCUCUCUGUCCUUGGUUUGAGGAAGAGGAGUCCUUUUUUUUUUAUUGAUUUUAUUCUCUUGAUGGUCUUUUUUUUUUUUUUUUUUUAAUGAAGGGGGGGUGGGGACGCGAGGUAAAAACUUGAAAGACGAUGUUGGUUUCUUGUUGGUUGGCUAUGUUUUUUUCAAGUUCUAUUUUGAAUUUUAGCUUUGUUUUUUGCUAGGUUUUUUUUUUUUUGGCGAGAAGUCUUCUGUGUAUUUUAUUUUUUUUUGUCAUUGUGGAUGUUUCUGUUCGUUGGUGGAUGUGAGAGGGGGGGCAGAGCUACAGCUGCUUGACCUGUGAAAGGUCAUCGCUCACCUCACUUCCUGGUAGUAUGGAGGGAUCCCUCCUUCGCUAGCAAGUGAAAACUGUGCCUGAAACUUAGCGAGGAGAUCCAUUUUAUUGGUGCUGUUGGUUAUAAUUACUGUAUAACAACACAAAAAUUUUAAAUCUGGGGGGUCAGCGCCUGCUAUCGGCUAACUAUCGGCUAGUUCACGCGCCCCCCACCCCACAGGGCAGAAAGGCUUUCAGGCUUUUCUGGUUCUAGAUGUGCAAUCGUGUUAACAUUCCAUUCUUCCAGUCCUCUUGUUUCAUCUGUACCAGUAAACAUUAAUUAUUAUAUUAUAUUAUUAUUAUUAUUAUUUUGUGUUUUUUACUUCUGUUGAUCUGAUGUGUUAUCUCAAGUAGAGCCACUAGUCAAAGAGUGUAAAAUGUGAAUUAUCAAAUCCAAGGUUGUUUUUUUUUAUUGUCUUUUUGUUUUGUUUUUUGGCUUUUUGCAUUUUUUCCCUUUUUCCAGAUAUAUUAUGAGUGCUUUUUUUUUUUCUAGAGAGGAAAAAGUCCAACACAAACAAAACAUCAACUUUUUUUUGUACAUAAUCCUGUAAAUUUCUUUAAAUACUUGAGCCUUUUUCUGGGGUUAAGGAAGAAAGAAAGGAAGGAAGGAAUAGAGGAGAGAGAGAAAAAGUUCCAGAGGAGAUGCUUGAUGAAGAAAAAGCCUUACAUUUACCUUUCUUCAUCCAUGUGAGUUUGAUGCUUACAGGGUUGCUCUGGUAAACAUGUAUAAAAAUUUUAAGUGCUGCUUAUAUCAGAAAGAAGAUAUCGAGUAGCCAACGACUGCCCCCCAACCUAGUUUUGUUUGUUUAGCUUUACUUUUUUAAAGAAAAGGGAAAAAAAAGAUAUGUUCACAAAAAAAAAAAAUGGGUUUUUACAUUUUCAUUACUGAAAAUUCAACAAAAAUGUAGUAGCUACUCAUGUUGCACUGAGCUUGCCAGUGGUGACUGUCAAGGAAAAAUCCUAUAAUCCAGUUUGUUGGUUGUCGUCCCUCGCAGAAGACUGAACUGUUGUAGGACUAUUUAAUAAAAUACCAAGUCGGGUGUUUUCAACAUAAUAAAAAGUGGUUGUCAAGUUUUUAUGGCCUUACGAUAUAUUUUAUUCUGAUGGGAUUUUUUUGUUUGUUUUUCAGUUCUCUUUUUUGUUUGUUCGUUUCUUCCAUUUUCUACAGUAUAAACUACUUGCUCACGGUGGGGUCUCUGGUAACUUAAUUUAUUAGUGCCGCAUCUCGGCCUUUCCCUCCACUCGGAAAGAGAGUCUCAUGUUGGUUAUAUUGACAGUUUUUUACUUUUGCAGUUUGUACUUAAGGUUUAAUAAAAACUUACCGACAAUUCACUGUCA